AUGCAAUAGAAUCCUUUAUAGUUAUUUUUAAGUAUUCUGGCUGCUAGGGAGGAAGUUAUAUUUAUGAUAAGAAUAAUUGGACAUUAGAUGCAUGAAGAUUGUCGUAAUAGAUUAGGCACUUUGAAGGAGUUAUCAGAGGAAAUUUAUCGAGGAGAAUAGAAAAGAGAAAACCUUGAGAAUUUUCUGUAUUAACAUUUAGGGGAAGGUUAUCGCAAGCUCUUUCUUCCAAAAAUUAUACAAAAAUACACGAAGAUAACUCAAUACUAUUUAGUAAAGACAUAAGUAAAUUAUAAUAUUUUUAUAUUAGAUAUACUUUCCUAAAUAAGGAUAAUAAUUGUGUUAAGAUAUUGUCAAUUAGCCAAAUCUUAGGGCUACAAUUCAACAAUUAAUGCACGAACCUCUAGUGGGAAUUUUGAAAUUUAUAAUCAAAAACCAGCAAUAAAAAUUAAAACAUGAACUUUCACAUUUGCUAAAUUAUGAAUAGUAUAUACCAAUCUUAAAUCAAGAGAAGACCGAUGUAAUAGAAAUGAGAAAUUUUACAGUGAGCCAUUGAUCCUAGGGGUUUUUGGAUUAAGAUAUCUAAAUGAUCUUCAUCGAAAGUAUUGCUAUACAGUCAGCAGACAUAGUAAAAGAAACGUUUAUGAUGUGUUAGCUAUUGAUGAUAACACAAGGGUCUUGUAUCUGCAAGGAGGAGGUAAUGUUAAUAUUCAUCGCUUAUAGGAUUUAUUAGUUUAGUGAGUAGUAUUACAAAGUUAAAGGAUAAAUCAGUUGAUAACACUUAAUCAGUGUACGUUCCAGUUGAAAGUACUGUAGAAAUUAUAACUCAAAGAUACGAAAAACUGAUUAAAGAACUUAUGGAUUAAAAUUCCCAUGUAUAAAAGUCAGUAAAUAGAUAUUAUGAAUAAUACAAACGAUAUAAAUUGAAACCAUUGCCAAUUAAGAGUUACUCUACACCAAAAUCUAAGGUGCAAGAGAUCAAAUCAUAGCGCUCUAAUUAAUAGAAGACAUUUGAGUCUGGUCCUAUGCUUAGUGAUAUGGGUAGAUAUUCAGAACCAAUUAGUAGAAAUCCCCUCUUAUAAGAUUUUAACAACUCAGUUAAAUUAAAAUAUGAAAAAUGCAGAACUUAAAAACAGAGUGAUAUUAUUAUGAGUGGUUUUGUUUCUCCUAAACAGACCCUUGUUAGAAAACAUAGAAGUGUCAAAAACUAUGAUGUUGCCUUCUUAAAACCAACUUCUCAGCAGCCCUUUGCUGACUUUCCUCUCAGAAUCAUUUCUAAUAAGAAUAGGAAAUAAAAUUGA